AUGAAUAUAAAAAUACUGUUGUGGUUCUGCUUUGUCCAUGUCCACAUUAGUAUAGCAACACUCCCGUGCCAGGAAUACAUAUGUACACGAGAAGUAGAAACUCUUCGGGACUACAUUAGUUUUAGAACAACGAGAAAAGAUGAUUUCAAAAAAGCAGUAGAUUUUUUUAAAAGGCUAGCGGCAAGACAAGGAGUAGAAGUAACGGUAUUCGAGGCUAAACCGAACUAUCCUAUAGUGAUAAUAAAAUGGCCAGGACAGGAUCCUACAUUAAAAAGUAUCGUUCUACUUUCUCAUAUCGACGUCAACUCAGCUUGUUAUGAGGAUGGUUGGGAUUAUCCUCCGUUCUCAGGAGAAAUUAAUGAAAAUUGUGAAAUUAUCGGCCGUGGUACUCAAGCUCAAAAAACCCUAACAAUUCAACAUUAUGAAGCUCUGAGGCAAUUAAAACAAAACAAUGUUACUUUGCUGCGAACUGUGUAUAUAGUUGCUACAUCAGAUCAAACUACUGGGUCUCGGGAUGGUAUAGAACUUUUUGUUAAAACUAAGACAUUCCAAAACAUGAAUGUAGGCUUUACAUUAGGUGUGGGAGCCCCGAGCGUGGAACCAGAGAUCUUUUUGUUUAAUAGAUUUAAGACAAAUUACGUGAUACGUUUAGAUUGCUACGGGCAGUCUGCUUCAAGUGCUAUAUUGCCAAGUUAUAACGACACGGCUGCAAGUUCCUGUGGCUAUGUUUUGCAAGCUUACAAUCGCUACAGAGAGGAGCAAUAUAGACUGUCAUUAAGAACUAGAGAUGCUGGGGAUUAUACGGUGAUUAAUUUCCUUGGAGGUCGAAACAUUAUAGAAUACGACGUGAUACCAGCGCACUUCGCGGCCUACUACGCUGCCAACUUGGCACUUAAUACCACUGUUGAAGAUUUUAUUGAAUUAGUACGCGGAUGGAUUUUGGCCGCUGGUGGAAAUAUAACGGUUAGUUCAAUCUAUAAAGAAGAAGGCGGUAAUUAUUUCAGUAAGACAGACGACAGUAACCCGUACUACGUGGCAAUAGAACAGGCUUUUGAGGAAUUGAACAUUCCAUUUCAAUUAUUAACGACGCCUUCCACAACGGACACGACGUUUGUUGUCAAAGCUGGUAUUCCUGCCUUCGGAUUGACUCCGAUACGAAACACGCAGGUUUUAGUCAACGGAGUCAAUGAAAGAUUGCCUUUGAGGAUAUAUUUAGAAGGGUUACGUAUUUUGAAAGAGAUCAUAUCGCGACUUGCUAAUAUACCCGAUGACAAAGUUACGGAUGACCCGACCGAUUACUUAGAGAAAUGUAAUAAGUAA